GCCUAUUUUUAAAGAAGCAGCAUAUAAACGUAAACAAACCAAAUUCUUCUAAUUUCUGCGAAAAAUUGCAAAAUUUUAGUAUUUUUUAUUAAAUAUAUUAAAGAACAAUUAACAUAAAAUGGCAAAACAUCAUCCAGAUUUGAUUUUCUGUCGUAAACAGCCUGGAGUGGCCAUUGGUCGCUUGUGUGAGAAAUGUGAUGGCAAGUGUGUAAUAUGUGAUUCCUAUGUAAGACCCUGUACUUUGGUGCGUAUUUGUGAUGAAUGCAAUUACGGGUCUUAUCAGGGACGAUGUGUGAUCUGUGGUGGACCUGGUGUUUCUGAUGCUUAUUAUUGCAAAGAGUGUACCACUCAGGAAAAAGAUCGAGACGGAUGUCCGAAAAUUGUUAAUCUGGGCAGUUCGAAAACAGAUCUGUUUUAUGAACGGAAAAAAUAUGGGUUUAAGCAAAACUAUUAGCAUUUACUUGUUCUACUUAUCACACAAUAAGGCUUCAGAAGUUAAUAAGCAUUUUGAAACUUUAUAGUCCUAAUUUAGAGGACUUUUUUCUUAAUAAAAAAUUAAUGAUUUACUUUGGAUUUUAUUUUACAUAUUGAAAUAAUAAAGUAGUUAUGGAAUAAUA